AUGGCUUCGUACCACCGAGUUCUCCAAGUGCAUGGUCGAUCGGUCAACCAAAAGAGUGUCGAAUGCGAUUAUGACAUCCACCCCUGGGACAUCAUGAUCAACGGCAAGCGAUGGGCUGGCAAGGUUCGGCUGGUGGGCUUUGUCGACUCGUUCUACCUCAUUUGCUACUCGGGAGUGUCGAGAUUCGAACACGGCAUCGUGGUGUACAAACUGCCGAGAUACUUCAACUUCGAGAGCGUGAAGGGCGGACUCGACUACAGAAUCACCAGUCUCGGCCACCCGGUCAGCCUCAAAACCAAGUACGCCUCCUCGUCGCUGCAGCGGUACGACAUCAAGCUGUACAAGGGUCGGGACACAGUGAUGAAGAAGCGCAUCCGCCGCGGCGUCACCCAGCACGGCUUGUACGACCAGAUCCACGACGCCGUCCGGCUGGGAAUCAUCACCCACGCCGAGCUGAUGGGAAUGAUCAUCGGCAAGACCUACGGCGGUUCAGUGCUGGGAGACGUGACGUCCAAGUACCUGGAUGGGCUCGCUGGCGGCAAGGGAUCGAAGAACCUGGCUCUAACUGGAGAGCGGGCAUGA